AUUUUAGAAAGGAAAUACUCCAAAGAGCAUGAAUGGAUUACCAUGGAUGGAGUUAUUGGAACAAUAGGUAUAACAGACUAUGCACAGGUGGGUAUAAAGAAAGUAUUAUUUAUUAUAGCAACCUUGUAACAGGGUUCAGAUUCUGGGGGAGGUGGGAAGGAGCCUUAUAACAGGGUUCAGACUGUAGGAGAGGUGGGAAGGGGACUUAUAACAGAGUUCAGACCCUAGGGGAUGUGGGAAGGAGCCUUAUAACAGGGUUCAGACCCAUGGGGCAGAAGGGAUGUUUGACCCAAGCUUGGGCAUGCAUAGGGGUGCUUCUUACGUUUUGUACCCCAACAGGUUAAUAAGGACAUUAGGAGGAACAUUAUUUUAUAAUAACCUUGUACAGGACAACAAUCCCUGUUUUAGAAUCUUGUGUAGCAUAAAACACAUAUAGUCACUAUCUGUUGUUUCUUAACUAAAGAAAAAUAAAAUUUGACCCUAUUUAGGAAAACUGGGCCUAAUGGAAAUAAUGUUGAGCUAGUUUUCAUUCACAACACAUUCUGAAACAUUGAAAUGCAUUUCAACGCAUUCCCAAUGCAUUUUAAAGGGUUGGCAAUGUUAUCCAAUGGAACUUAAAAAUGUUGAAAACCAUUUAAAAAUCUUUCGGAAGCAUUCGGGAAUUGUUUUCAAAAUGUUUUAGUAUAACACCAUUUCUUUGCAUUGUCUGUCACAUUGUCACAUUUUGAAAAUAUAAAACUUAAAGCAAGCUUUCAGUGAUGAAGUUUGCUUCUUCUUAAUAGAAUUUUAGUUAUAAGAAUUAGAAAGGUGGACUUACACUUUGGUGGGCUUAAAAGUGGUAUUAGAAAGAAUGUUGAAACAUGCCAUGAGUUGUUACAAGAAACAUUUAGGAAAAAAUAUACUGAAAAAUAAUAUAGUGGAAAACUUGAGCUGUAACUAAAGAAAAGACUAAAUAAGAACUGUGGCCUUACCUGUAGUGGAUUAUUACUGUCAUAUAAUAACCACAUGCGCAGGGGUAAUGACUACCUUGUAUCCAGAAAAAAGAGAUAUAUAACUGCUGUCUUAAGAAGGGGAUUUUUUAACCAGUUGGUCUUGUAAGCUAAGUAGAAUUUUUUGUUUUCUUUGAUAUUGUAUCAUUAUAGGCCGAUAAGUGGGUACUAGGGCACUUGCCUUUUUAUUUCAGCCCAUCAGGAAAAAAGGUUUAUUGGCAGAUUUUUGUGUUGGGCUACUCUUGAAAUUAUUAAAAACAUUUAAUUGUGCUUUCUAUUUUUAUUUAGAAUGAGUAUUUAAGGUAAAAAAAGAAGAGGGAACAAAAUUAAUAUACAUAUACUAAGGCAUGGAAUUUUUAGUAUGUCACUGAUGUUUCCUUAACUUUAAAGAAUCAAUUAGGUGAUGUUGUAUAUGUUGAUCUUCCUGAAGAAGGACAAACAUUUAAUGAAGGAGGUACGAUAAGAAGAUAAAUAUUAAUUGGAUGUAAGCUGUCAAACAGUCAAACCUUUAUGUAACACCCCUGUAUUAAGACAUCACCCAUAUGAUACAGGCACCGGACAAUUUUGUGAAAAUUUUGCCUUUUAUUUUCUGUAAAGUUGACAUGUAGAAAGCAGUCACGUUUCUAUAACAGACGCAGUCACCCUUGUGACUUCCCAAAUUCACAUUUCCUUUUUUUUUUACUUGUGUAUAACCAUCACCAAAUUGGAUUAAGAUCAAACUAUGAAAGUGAAUCAUAACAAACUUAAUUCAAAAGCUCAGUACAUUGUUGCUACCAGGGAAGGAGUAUCAAUCAAAUACAAAUACAUGUACAUUACACGACUUCAAAUAAAUGUCAUCCUUGGCAUCAGACAUGUAUUUUCCACAGACCUUGAUAGAGUAGAAGUGAAAGUGCUGAUCUUAUCGAACAACUGUAGUAUCUGUCCUCUACCAUCUGCAUUCGCUUUAUGCUUUACUAGACUGUGUUUGGCUUUGGAAUCUCUAAAUAGAGUGAUUAUUUUCCCAUAAAAGCAUUAUUCAUUAACUUCCAAAAGAGUUCAAAGGAAACCCCUAUAUACCGGUCACCUUGUAUAUACAGUCACCUGCACAUGUCCCGAAGGUGACUAUACAGGUAUAUACAGGUUUGACUUAGACUGCUUGCAGUCCACCUUUUCUCUUAAAAUCUGUCUAGUUCUUACCUCAUCCAGCGCAAUUGCAAACCACAACGUUAUUAUUACAAUAAGGGAUUGAGACCAGGCGAGAAAAGACAGACUGCUGACUCUUUUGUAGUAAACAAACCCUCCGUCAGCCCAGAAACGGAGUAACCGAUUGGUCAGUUGCACAGCUGUUGACAGAUAAUUGACUGGUCUGUGGUGAGAUUGCAAGCAAUAAAAAUAGUCAUGCGUCACAACCAACUGCAAACAAUAGCGAACCAAGCAGUAAUCUCAGUAAUAAAACUUUUAAGGAUAACGUACAGGAGGAAACUGCUGUAAAUUUCCUAAAGGGAAACGAAUUCAAGGCAAUCUUACCAGAUUUAAAGGAAGUGUAAUUUUUUCAGUUGUUUAUGUUCUAUCUAUAAACCUUUUCAAGUUACUCGGGUUUAAUUGAUUAAUUAAAUUACCUUGACAGCUUCGUUGCCCCCAGACAAAACAAAAGAGUCAGCAGUCUCUUAUUUUUUCUUCUCGGGCUUACGCCCUUGUUUCUCGUGGCUCACGGCUUUGCCGAUCGCGUGCUUAGGUUUUGUGUGCAGUCACUUUGCAAAGAAAAAUAAGAGACUGCUCGCAGUCUACAUUUGACUGCACACUGUACCUUGGGCGCCCCCUAAAAGUGCACCUCUACAACCAGAAAAUGUUAAGGCACAAGGAUAGGUACAAGUAAACAGAGCUGUUAACUGAGGGAGGUGAAGGCUGCUUCUUCAAAGAAGAGGGCUAAUUUAUUUGUUAGAGCAUGGAUGAUUUCAGCUGCUGAUUGACAACAGCAAAAAUAAUGGAAGUUACUUUAUAUGUGGUAAAAAUACAUUUGCAGAUUCCUUUGGUGCUGUUGAAAGUGUCAAAGCUGUUUCAGAAGUUUACAGUCCACUCACAGGAGAAGUGACCGAAAUUAACAGCAAAUUAAAAGACAAACCAGAACUAGUAAACAAGUCUCCUUAUGAAGAUGGUGUGUAUUUAUGA